UAAUGGUUUAACAUUUAAAGCCGUUGGAUCGAUCUACCAGCUUGAGCCCCAAGUUUGAAGUAACGUGGAACGCAAACACGGAGCAAACUUCCUCAACUAUAAUUAUUUAUUUAUUAUUUUGUAGCCUCAAAAUUCAUGAAUUACUCUUCGAUUUUGGAUAAAGCCCGAUAAUUUGGUGGGGUUCUUUUUCAUAUGAUCGGCUGCCAAAAGACCAACCGAGUCACCAGCUGUUAACAGAGUUUCGAUCAAACUCGCCAGCAUCAUCUUGUUCUUCAGCCUCCUCGUCUUCUCCGCUCCCUUGCUUCGGAAUCGUUUCGUAAGGAAGGGAAGAAGGGAUGGCUAAGAGUUGCUUCAAGCAAGAGCAUGACCAUGAGAAGAGAAAAGCCGAAGCUGCCAGGAUCAGGGAGAAAUACCCAGAUAGAAUUCCGGUCAUUGUGGAGAAGGCAGAGAGAAGCGAAAUACCAAAUAUAGAUAAGAAAAAGUACCUUGUCCCAGCUGACUUGACUGUUGGACAGUUUGUUUAUGUUAUCCGAAAGAGGAUCAAGCUGAGUGCUGAGAAGGCGAUCUUUAUAUUCGUCGACAAUGUCCUGCCACCAACUGGUGCCAUCAUGUCUGCUAUAUAUGAAGAGAAGAAGGAUGAAGAUGGGUUUCUGUAUGUCACUUACAGCGGUGAGAACACGUUUGGGACGGAGAUUGGCCUGCCUCCUGAUCGCUUGGGCAUAUUCUCAUUCUCCAAAAAUCAACAUUCACCAACAGCAUCUAAGGUCUUGAUUCUUAACGCAAUCAUUUUAGCUUGGUGGGGACUGGAGAAGAACCAGCUUAAGUAGGGUUAUUUACGUAUAUGUUAGUAGUUGGAAAGUGAUAAUAAUCUUUUUUACUUGUCGUAACACAUUAAUAUUUUACAUGAUAUCACCACAACCAUGGUAGAUUGAGUGAUUGACUAUGUUUCAAGGAAAGAUAUCAGUAUGUUAUAUCCUUAUUCCUAGAACGCUACAGCCUACAAUAUAUGAAAUAUGGAAAAAUCCAUGACAUGGGGUUGUGGGUGACGAGAUCGUAGUUGCGUGCUUUAUUAUAAUGGUCGACUUUUUCAUAUCAAAUCUAAAAUAAAAA